CGCACGCGCGCAGGGGUCUGGCCCGGGCCGAGCGCGCGGCCCGACUACUGUGGUGACUAGCAUGCAUAUACCCAUCCUCUGACUUGCUGCCCCUCCACUGAUAUGGCCCACCGGGGUGGGGAGAGGGACUUCCAGACUUCAGCCCGGCGCAUGGGCACCUCACUGCUAUUCCAGCUGUCAGUGCACGAACGGGAGCUGGACCUGGUGUUUCUGGAUCAUAGCUAUGCCAAGCCUUGGAGUGCCCACCCAGAUGCCAGUAGUGCUCGCCCCACCCGCAUGCUCUUUGUCACUCCUCGGCGGCAGCAUGAAAGUACCAUUGAAUCAGACGUCCCAAUAGACGUGGAGACGGUCACGUGUACCCCUGUGCCGCUCUAUGACAAUCAGAAGGCACGCAGCGUGAUGAAUGAAUGUGAAAGGCAUGUCAUCUUCGCCAGGACUGAUGCGGAUGCCCCUCCCCCACCAGAGGACUGGGAGGAGCAUGUUAACAGGACUGGCUGGACAAUGGCCCAGAACAAGCUAUUCAACAAGAUCCUCAAAGCCCUGCAGUCUGACCGGCUUGCCCGCUUGGCCAAUGAAGGGGCUUGUAAUGAGCCAGUGCUGCGCCGUGUUGCCGUGGACAAGUGUGCGAGGAGAGUGCGGCAGGCUCUGGCAAGUGUGAGCUGGGACACCAAGCUGAUCCAGUGGCUGCACACCACCCUUGUGGAGACGUUGAGUCUGCCCAUGCUGGCAGCCUACCUGGAUGCUUUGCAGACGCUGAAAGGGAAGAUCCCGACCUUGAUCGACCGGAUGCUUGUGUCUUCCAACACGAAAACCGGGGCUGCAGGAGCUGAGGCCUUGUCUCUCCUAUUGAAGAGGCCCUGGGACCCUGCUGUCGGCGUGCUUUCUCAUAACAAACCAAGCAAACUCCCUGGCUCUCCUCUGAUUCUCAUCGCUUCCUCUGGCCCCUCCAGCUCCGUGUUUCCCACCUCACGCCGCCACCGCUUUUGGCAAUCUCAGCUCUCUUGCUUGGGCAAGGUCAUCCCUGUAGCCACCCAUCUGCUGAACAAUGGCAGUGGGGUAGGAGUUCUGCAGUGUCUCGAGCACAUGAUCGGGGCAGUGAGAAGCAAAGUGCUGGAGAUUCACAGCCAUUUCCCACACAAACCCAUAAUCUUGAUUGGCUGGAACACAGGAGCUUUGGUGGCCUGUCAUGUGUCAGUGAUGGAGUACGUCACUGCAAUUGUCUGCCUUGGGUUUCCUCUGCUUACCGUGGAUGGCCCCAGAGGGGAUGUGGAUGAUCCCCUCUUGGAUAUGAAGACUCCAGUCCUCUUUGUCAUUGGUCAGAAUUCCCUGCAGUGUCACCCUGAAGCCAUGGAGGACUUCCGGGAGAAGAUUCGGGCUGAGAACAGCUUGGUGGUGGUUGGGGGAGCUGAUGAUAAUCUCAGAAUAAGCAAAGCGAAGAAGAAAUCAGAAGGGUUGACUCAGAGCAUGGUGGACAGAUGUAUUCAGGAUGAAAUUGUAGACUUUCUCACGGGAGUGCUCACUCGCGCUGAGGGUCAUGUGGGCUCGGAGCCUCGGGAUCAGGAUGCUGAGAAGAAGAAGAAGCCCCGUGAUGCAGCCCGCAGAGACCUGGCCUUUGAAGUCCCUGAACGGGGCAGUCGACCUGCCUCCCCAGCCGCCAAGCUGCCUGCCUCACCCUCGGGCUCAGAGGAUCUCUCCAGUGUGUCCAGCAGCCCUACCUCGAGUCCCAAGACUAAAGUGACCACAGUGACCUCUGCCCAGAAGUCCAGUCAGAUUGGGAGCUCUCAGCUGCUAAAGAGACAUGUACAGCGGACAGAAGCUGUGCUGACCCACAAACAAGCCCAAGUUCCCAUUUCAUCGGAACCAACAGAGGAAGCAGAGAAAGAGGAUCUUAGGGUCCAGCUGAAGCGGCAUCAUCCCUCAAGUCCUCUUCCUGGCAGUAAGACCUCCAAGCGACCGAAGAUCAAGGUGUCCCUUAUCUCCCAAGGGGAAACAGCUGGAGGGCCUUGUGCUCCUUCCCAAGGAGGAGCUCCAGAAGCUGUGGGUGGGAAACCCAUCACCAUGACACUGGGACAGGCUUCUGCCGCGGCCAAGGAGCUCACAGGACUUCUUACCACAGCCAGGUCAAGUGCUUCUGAAGGUGGAGUCUCAGCCAGCCCAUCCCCUUCAGUGGUGGCAAGCAGCACUGCGCCCAGUGCUUUGCACACAAUCCAGAGCCGCUUGGUGGCCACCUCUCCUGGUAACUCCCUCCCAGGGGCCACAUCAGCCAGCAGCCUCCUCCAAGGCCUCAGCUUCAGCUUGCAGGAUAUCAGCAGCAAGAGUUCUGGCCUCCCAGCUAAUCCUUCCCCAGGGCCAGUCCCACAGGCCACCAGUGUGAAGUUGCCCACCCCCAUGCAGAGCCUGGGUGCCAUCACCACGGGCACCAGCACCAUUGUCCGUACCAUUCCUGUGGCCACCACUCUCUCCUCCUUGGGUGCCACUCCUGGUGGGAAGCCCACAGCCAUCCACCAGCUGCUGACCAAUGGGGGCCUCGCUAAGUUGGCAAGCAGCCUCCCUGGCCUGGCUCAGAUCUCUAACCAAGCAUCAGGCUUGAAGGUCCCUACCACUAUUACUCUGACACUCCGUGGCCAGCCGAGCAGAAUCACCACGCUGAGCCCCAUGGGCUCAGGAGCAGCCCCGUCUGAGGAGCUCACCUCCCAGGUGCUGCCCUCCAGCUCACAGCGCCUGCCCCCAGCACCCUGAAGAUGCCGUGUGAUAUGUCCUCCUUACCAUGUUGGUGAUGUCUGCCUCACGGUGGGCCCUGGACACAUGCGUGGUCCUGCUGAGCUGUCCAUGUGUCUGAAGACCUCUUUAAGACAGUCAUUUUUGCCUCUCUGCCAACUUUCUUCAGGGUUGGGCCUUUGGGUCUUCAGAGGAACCGUGAGGUUAGGUGACAUGGCGCCAGCAAGGGAAGCACCGUCCUCUAGGAUCUGCAAGUCCAGCUCCAGAAUCCCCAGCCUCCCCAGCAGACCUGGCUGUGCACGGAUCAGAGUACACGUCCUCCCCUGCUCAAGCUGAGGUUUGACGCUAGUGUCAGUGUUGGACUGAGUGCUGCAUUUAAUGAAGGAGUUUCCUUUAGGAGGUCUGUGCUAUCCCCUGUGUCCAGUUGAGAAGAGACGUCCACGUGGUCCGGGGCUGCAGGAGUAGGUUUGAGAGCCCUUGCUAAGGACUGAGCUCAUCCUGGCUUGCUGGCUGGCAGUUCAGAGCCAAAAGGGAUCGUUUUAGAUAUCAGUGUUGCCUUCACUGAGCAGCCAUGGGAAAGUGUUCCCCAUGCAACUCCCCAUCAGAAACCACAUCAGGUACUGAGUAGCCUGCUGAGACUUGGGAACUUCAUGAUUUUUGCGUUUUAUAAUGAAGGCAAAGAGAACUGGGCUGUCAUCUUUCAGCCCCUUUGGCUUACUGCAGGUGUGGGAAGCCGUGGUUGCCAGGAGAUGAAAGCUGGUCCCUUUCUCUGUUUUAGCAUGCUUUGGGCAGUUCCUACAUCCAGAGAGUUUUCAGGUCCAGAUAGGCUGAAGAAGAAUGGAACAGCAAAGGAAGUGGCUUAAAGGAAGUGCCAGUAAGCCCUGUGGUGAAAACAAGUUGGGCUUGAGUCUGCAUCUGGCACCUAAGGAACUGGUGAUUCUGCUGGAGAUGAGAAGAAUUUGCCAAGUCAGAGGAAAGAAAGCUCAAUCCCUGAUAUCCUUUCUCCAGUGCCUGGAGGCGAAGUUGGGAAAACAAGCUAUGUAGUAUCUUGGUCUUUGCAGGAAGCUUAGGGCAUCAGAAUGACAAAGUUCAUGGUUCACUGUUUUUGUUUCUGAGACUUUUUGUCCUUCUGCUUAGAAGUGGGAAGAUUAUUGGCAGUGACUCUACCAUGCAGGGCUAUUGCUACCAGCCUAAGCCCUGUGGGUGGUAAUCUCUGGAGAAGUGGUCACUGAAGAUGGAGCUCUGAGCUUUCUCAUUAACUCUUGACAACACUUGUGUGCAAGGGUAGUUUUAGAUUUAUCUUAGAACUUAUCCUCCAGAGCAGGCUCCCUUCCCUUCUAUACUUAGAAUGUUUCUAGUCAAGGUGAUGCACAGGGCAACCUAAGUGUGAUCUGCUUAGUGUCCUUUUCUAUAGGCGGAGGGCCCACAACAUGGCUCAAAUUGUGGUCCAGGAUCCUGACCCACAUUGCAGUGUGUAUCUACACGAGGCCUCUUGUGUUUAGUCCAGUCAGUGGUAGCCAGGAGGAAGUGCACAGUGUGCAGGAAUCUCAGAUGAGGCUGGUCAGAGUGCUGCAGGUAGAAGGCUGUGUGAUAGGAGUAGAGGGGGAUCUUUACACCAUACCUUCCCUCCCUGACCUGAUGAGCUGGUCUCAGCAGUAAUUCACAUAGAAUUAGGCUAUAUUUUUGCAUUAGCUGGUAGGUAACUUUCUGAAACUUCUGAAUUCAGGACCUAUUUCAUAAAUUUGAAGAAGGUAUGAAAUUUGAAAGAGGCAUCCAGGAUUCAGGGGUUUGAUAGCUUUACAGAUAGGAUCAUAACAUGUCAAAAGAUCAGAGGACAGUAAGGCUGUAUGAGGCUAUGUGGAGCUUUUAGGAAUCAUUUAGGACAGACAAAAGGUCCUAAACAACCCAUUCCUGACUUAGGAAAGCAGCCUAGACAACACUGGAGGGGCUGCUCCUGAUAGAUGCUGGCCAGGUGCAUGCUGGGGCCAAAGAGAAACUAACAAGUUGACCAGCCUUUGUGGUGAAUCCUAGUGCACCUCCUGUGGAUGACUUCCUAAGGCUUGGGCUAUACACCUCGAAGAACUCCAGAACUGUGGAGAAAGGGGAGCUACGAGAGCAUUGGUGGUUCUACAGCUUGAGGAACAGGCGAAUGGGGGAAGUGGUCGAAGUUUAUCGAGUCAUGUUCUUCAACUCCCUUCUCA